CAUAACUACUCCGUUGUCUCCAAGAUGUCCAAACGUACACUGGACGCCUUCUUCCCCUUCGCAAACGGCCCGAAAAAGGCUCGCAUCAGUCACACAUCGGACUCGGCCCUUCAAACAGCGGCUGCUCUUGCAUCCAGUGAGACGGCAAACCAUUCGACAUACCCAUGGCCAAUCCCUCAUCUCCCGGCCCAUAUCACCGAGGAACUGGAAUUGCUAGUGACAGCUCAGGGCAAAGAGAUUAAAGAUCAGCCACAUCUCGAUCUCCUAUACUUUCAACCCUUCAUCCCAAGGUCCAUUGAGCGUGAACUAUUCAAUUUUCUUCGCUCCGAACUCUUUUUCUAUCGCGUUAAAUAUACAAUCAAGCGGUUUGGAAAGGAGACGCUCAUAAAUACUCCACGCUUCACAACGGUCUUUGGCCUCGAUGAAACAAGCCGGUUUCUUGACGGUGGCAUCAAGAUCGUUGAAGCAUCAGACGAAUCCAAGCCCGUUCGCAAGGAUAAAUACAAAUGUCGCCCACGGCCACUCCCAGAGUGCCUUGACUUCCUCCGUCGCGUGACAGAAGCGAAUACCAAUACCAAGUACAAUUUCUGCCUGGUCAAUUAUUAUGCGUCAGGAAGUGAUAGCAUAUCAUUCCAUAGUGAUGAUGAGCGCUUUCUAGGUCCAGAUCCGGCCAUUGCAUCCUUCACGCUGGGCGCAAAACGGGAUUUUCUGAUGAAACAUAAGCCUCCGAAGGAAGGCGAGCCGAAACUUGAGACUAAAGACAUCAAACUCCCGUUGGCUAGUGGUGAUAUGGUCCUGAUGCGAGGGCCAACACAAUCCAACUGGCUGCACAGCAUUCCCAAACGGAAAGGCGGCGAGGCAGACAAAGGUCGCAUCAACAUCACCCUGCGCAGGGCAAUGAUUCCCGCUGGCACCGAGAAUUAUUAUCGAUACAAUGUCGGCGAAGGUGGCGUGUACAAAUGGGACGAUUUCAAACAGGAGAUGAUGCCCUGGCCAGUGCCCAAAGUCCCGAGCUAACAGAAUGUCGCUUAACUUGUCUUCUUUUUUCGCUUGAAGAGAUCCAAUAUCAUCCUCGUGACGGACUUGUAAAUGGUCUUCCCCUCUACGGUAUGCGUAUAAAAGCCAAAAGCCGCCAAGAACGCAAUGGACAACACCGAAACGACCAAGAAGCAAAGCCAAUACGUCUCGAGAUCGUACUUCUCCGUGAUUUCUGGUAACUGGAUCGAGAAAUAUGCAGUCAUCAGACUGACCGGUAAGAAAAGAAUGGUCGCUUUGGCCAACAGGAUCGUUGUUCUAGUCAAUCGUUCAACAGCCUGCGAUUCCUUCAGCGUGACCAAGUUGAAAUUCUAUCAUAUGGACUCCUUUUCUUUCAAACACUCUUCAAUCUCCGUCAAAGCAUACAAGCGUAUGCGAUCAAGCAAUCUUUCAAACCGCACCACAGCCGACAUACUCAACUUGACACUCAGACUGGAGUCUUCGUCCAGAUACAUAAGAUCGCUCGGGUGCAUCUGUGCGGCCGACAUCUCGCUGAGGUCACCCCAAGUCUGUUGUCGCUCCAGAGCAGCCGGCGGGGUCGACAUCGACAUGAAAUCCGGAGCCCUCGCGGCACGCUGACGAUGGAGCAGUCUCGAUACAAUAAGCUCAUAACUCUGAUACAUCAACUUCAACACCGUCAGCUGUCGUCCUGUAUUAUGGACUUGCUCAAUGAGUGACACAUCGGCCGCGUCGAACAUAUCCUUUCUCAGCGUCUCCAAACUCGAGCGGUACGGGUGUUCCUUGCGUGCGAUCAAAUUAUACGUCGACACCCAAUCGUCAAAGAGGUAAUAGAACAAGAGACUUGCAGCCUCGGUUUCGGAAUACUCCGUUUGAGAUUUCACGGAAUGCUCGUUCCACCGUACGCGGACUUUCAUUAACGCGCCUUGUGCAUCAUCCUGGUCGUGCAGUGAGGAGAGGUGUUUAAAGACGUUAAGCACGUUGCCCCUCAAUCGUUGGAUCGCCUUGGAGUCUGCAAUUGGCGGUCGCUCGAAGACGGAGAUGACUGUACCGUCAUCACAGAGGAGGAGAGACGUCCAGACGCGUUGGCCGGAUGGUCUGUCCUUACGAGUGUUCUUUUUCCCACUUAGAUAGAACAGAGCAUUGUACCCAACGUAGAUAUAAUGGCGUCCAAAGUCGACCGAGCAAAAGUGCCAAAGGCUAUCGACCACAUCGCGGAAGCCAAAGCCAUGAGAGCUUGGAGACGUCCUUUUGCUUUGGCCUGGUUGCAAGGGCUCACUGAGCGGUGUACUCUGCGUCGAUCCUUUUUCGAGGUCCAUUGUCUGCGAGGUCUGUGCAGUUGUCGCUGUC